AACCCCAGCAGCAGCAGCAACAGCAGCAGCAGCACCAACAGCAGCAGCAGCACCACCAACAACAGCUACAGCAGCAGCAGCAGCAGCAGCUCCACCACCAACAGCAGCAGCAGCAGCUCCAUCAGCAGCAGCAGCAGCAGCUACAUCAGCAGCAGCAGCAGCAGUUCCAGCAACAGCAGGGGAAGCAAGGACAACAACAGCCCCAGCAGACAUCACAAUCCCAGGGCACUCCCAAUGGCGUUGUUAAUGGCAACCAACCUAGCCGUCCUCCACAGCAGACUGCGACCCCAACAAGUCAACCUGCAUCGUCAUCGGCGCUUGGUGCUUCCGCGAUCCCAGCAACUGCUGCUCCCGGCUCUUCUACAUCUGCGUCGGCAGCCACGGGGUCCGGUGGUUUACAAUUCACUCAGCAGCAAUUGAGUUUGCUGAGGAACCAGAUCCAGGCGUUCAAGAUACUGGGGAAGAAUGUUGGCGUCCCUCUCCAGAUGCAGCAGGCAAUAUUCGCCCACCGCGCACGACGCCAAGCUUCAAUGCCCGAACAGCCCCAACAGGCCGGGUCAACCGCAGUCUCCCAGAAGGUAACCACCCAGGAUGCUGCGCAGACGGGUCCGAGUGGCGCCGUGACCGGGGCACCUGAUUCUCCAGCACCCAUUCCGCAAGCUCGUUCGUUCAAGAGUGUUAAAUCUCCGUACGAGGGUGGCCUUGUCCGCCAGAGCAUUAACUAUUUCGAGCAUGCGCGGCGAAAGAAUCGGCUCAUAAUCCCUGGCAUCUUUCCAACGGGCGUCGACUUUGAGCAGCUGAGGAUAGAGCGCGAAAAGGCAGUCUUCAAUCGUAUGAGUGCGAGAUAUGCUGAGCUCAAGGGGUUGCCGGGUAAUCUUGCCUACUGGGAUACCUCCAAGGACACCAUAACCCCUGACGAUACCCUCAAGCGCAAAGCCAUCAUCGAGAUGAAGUCGCUGGCGCUGUACUCCAAGCAACGUGCUUUGAGAGACAAGGUCGGGCGGCAGAUGAUGCAUUACGACAACCUUGCCAUGACAACCAACCGGAGCAUGUAUCGCCGGAUGAAGAAGCAGAGUGUCCGGGAGGCGCGCAUUACCGAGAAGCUCGAAAAGGAGCAACGCGAUGCCCGCAAGAACAGGGAGAGAAAGAAGCACAUCGACUUCAUCCAGGCCGUGCAGACUCACAGGCUUGAGAUACAGUCCUCUGGGCAGGCUCAACGGAACAAGAUGCAUAAGCUCGGUCGCAUCAUGUUUGCGCAGCACUUCAACAUUGAGAAGGAAGAGCAGAAGAGAGUCGAGAGGACUGCCAAGCAGCGUCUGCAGGCCCUGAAAGCCAACGAUGAGGAGGCCUAUCUCAAGCUGCUUGACCAAGCCAAGGAUACACGUAUCAGCCACCUGCUCCGACAGACAGAUGGCUUCUUGCACCAGCUUGCUUCGUCAGUCAGGGCCCAACAGCGACAAGCUGCAGAGCGCUACGGCGGAGAUGACGGCGGAGAUCUCCCUGAAGAAGAGAGCGAGGCGGAGGAAGGGGCCGAGGAGAGCAACCGCAAGAUCGAUUACUAUGCUGUUGCCCAUCGCAUCAAAGAAGAGGUGACCGAGCAGGCGAACAUGCUGGUGGGCGGCAAUCUUAAGGAAUACCAGGUCAAGGGUCUUCAGUGGAUGAUAUCGCUGUACAACAACAACCUCAACGGUAUCCUGGCCGAUGAAAUGGGCCUCGGCAAAACAAUCCAGACCAUCAGCCUGAUCACCUACCUGAUCGAGAGGAAGUUCCAGAACGGCCCUUAUCUGGUCAUUGUGCCUCUCAGCACCCUGACCAACUGGAAUCUCGAGUUCGAAAAGUGGGCACCGACCGUCACCAAAGUCGUGUACAAGGGCCCCCCCACCACGCGGAAGCUCCAGCAGGAGAGGAUACGGCAAGGGAAGUUCCACGUUCUGCUCACCACGUACGAAUACAUCAUCAAGGAUCGGCCGCUUCUUAGUAAGAUCAAGUGGUUCCACAUGAUCAUUGACGAAGGCCACCGGAUGAAGAAUGCCAACUCGAAGCUGAGCGCGACGAUCCAGCAAUACUACAGCACCAGAUUCCGCCUCAUCCUCACCGGCACGCCCCUCCAGAACAACCUGUCGGAGCUGUGGGCGAUGCUCAAUUUCGUGCUGCCCAAUAUCUUCAAGUCAGCCACGACUUUCGAUGAAUGGUUCAACACUCCCUUUGCGAACACGGGUGGACAAGAUAAGAUGGAACUCACUGAAGAAGAACAAAUCCUGGUCAUCCGUCGGUUGCAUAAGGUGCUGCGCCCAUUCCUCCUCCGUCGUCUGAAGAAGGACGUCGAGAAGGACCUACCCGACAAGACCGAGAAGGUCAUCAAAUGCAAGUUCUCCGCGCUGCAGGCAAGGCUGUACAGGCAAAUGGUUACGCACCAAAAACUUGUUGUUAGCGAUGGCAAAGGCGGUAAGACUGGCGCGCGUGGUCUAAGCAACAUGAUCAUGCAGCUGCGGAAGCUUUGCAACCACCCGUUCGUGUUCGACGAGGUGGAGAACCAGAUGAAUCCGUUAAACACCAGCAACGAUCUCCUUUGGAGGACGGCGGGCAAGUUCGAGCUGUUGGACCGGAUCCUGCCCAAGUAUAAAGAAACCGGCCAUCGUGUCUUGAUGUUCUUCCAGAUGACCGCCAUCAUGGACAUUAUGGAGGAUUUCCUUCGGUACCGCGGCAUCACGUAUCUCCGACUCGAUGGCACGACCAAGUCAGAAGACCGAUCUGAACUGCUCAGGGAGUUCAACCGCCCAGACUCGCCUUACUUCAUGUUCUUACUGUCAACCCGUGCUGGUGGUCUGGGUCUCAACCUGCAGACCGCGGAUACCGUCAUCAUCUACGAUUCCGAUUGGAAUCCUCACCAGGAUCUCCAGGCCCAGGAUCGUGCGCAUCGUAUCGGCCAGAAGAAUGAAGUCCGCAUUCUCCGUUUGAUCAGCUCGGCAUCUGUAGAAGAGAAGAUCUUGGAAAGAGCCAGGUUCAAGCUCGACAUGGAUGGGAAAAUCAUCCAGGCUGGUCGCUUCGACAACAAAUCAUCCGAGACCGAUCGUGAUGCAAUGCUCCGAACGCUCCUAGAGACCGCCGACAUGGCAGAGGUCGGAGAGCAGGAGGAGAUGGACGACGAGGAACUCAACAUGAUUCUCGCCCGCAGCGAAGAUGAACUGGUCGCCUUCCAGGAGCUUGAUGAGCGAAGAUCCAAGGAUCCACUCUACGGCACGGCGGCCGGGUGCAAGCGCUUUCCCCGUCUCAUGACGGAGAGCGAGCUUCCCGACAUCUAUCUCUCGGAGGGAAAUCCGGUCGAAGAAGAGGUCGAGACUAUCCUUGGCCGUGGCGCGCGUGAGCGUACCAAGGUCAGAUACGAUGACGGUCUGACUGAGGAACAGUGGCUCAUGGCCGUCGACGAUGAAGAGGACACUCCCGAAGCAGCUGCGGCCCGAAAACAGGCCCGGAAAGACAGGCGAGAGGCCAAUAGGCUGAAGAGGAUGUCUAUGGGAGGUGCCUCGGUUGAGAACUCGCCAGCCGCCAGCCGGGCUAGCACCGAGGAGGUCGAGAUCGAGACGCCUGUGAAGAAGCGGGGGCGGAAGCCGGGCAGCAAGAAUGCCGAGAAGCGCAAGGCCGAGGAAGGUGAGGACGAGCCGCCCGCGAAGAAGCGACGAGGACCGAUCGGCCGGCCGAAGGGUGUUUCGUCAGCAAACGGUGCCACCAACGGCAUGCCGCCCCAUAUCCGCGAGGUGCUAAACAAGAGCUUGCGCCGACUCUAUGACGGCUUGAUGAACUUGGAAGUCGACGAUCCGGAACCUGAAGAGAAAGAGGACGAGGACAAGGAGGACGACGAACCUCCCAAGCGUCUCAUCAUCGGACCAUUCGUCAAGCUCCCUCCGAAGCGCGAUUGGGGCGAUUACUAUCUCAUCAUCCAGAACCCCAUCUGUAUGAAUGACAUCAUGAAGAGGAUCAAGAAAGAGGAGUACAAGAGCCUCAACGACCUGCGCAAGGACAUGGAGCUGCUUUGCAACAACUGUAGGACGUUCAACGAGGAUGGGAGCAUACUGUACUCCGAUGCAAAUGUCAUGGAGGCUUUUUUCAACAAGCAGUACCAGCAAGAGCUCAAUGAUCAUCCUGAGCUUGUUGAGUUGGAGGACCCUUCGCAGAAGGGCACCUCGACUGGCCCAUCCACGAGCGCCGGCACUCCUCGGCCAACGAGCAGCGGACCAACUAGAAUCAAGCUGGUCAACAACUCGAAUGGAGCUAGCCAAGUCAACGGGGAAAGCAGUGGCGUCCAAAGUGAUGAUGAUUAAACGGUACGGAAAAGGCCCCGGAGGGCUAGGAGGGUUGGCAUGCCUCGUCCCUAUAUUGGCCUAGAUGGCGAACUUCCGGCGUUGUGUGAGCAACGGGGACGAUAUUUCAACGGGGACGUUAUUUUGUGGUUUUGCAGUGGUUUUCAAUGUUGAUCAACACUGGGAGGUAGUGUGCAUGGGAACAUCUUAAUUUUAGGGAGGCGUUUACGCGGUUGCGCGGGGAGGGAAGGGAAAUACCUGUCGUGUGAGACACGCUGUACCAAAGAUUAUCUGCCUUGCUUGGCCAGGCCGUAGGGAAGUCGUGGUCAAUCAAUGGCCUUCGAUUACAUUGUACUGUAAUGAAUAGAUGUCAUUAGAUACGUAAACUGGUUACAAC